GAAUCCGCGCGUGCGCCGGGUCUCGCUUGCAGCGCGGGGUCGCUGCCGGAGGGGGCGCUGUUGGCCGCUGCCGGGAUUGCGAGGGAGCAGGGAGCGCGAGAGCCAGCGCCAGCGAUGUUCCUCCCUGGGAGCCGGAGGUUCGCUUAGUUCAGCCUCGGGUGAAAAAUGGCCACCGCGAAAAAGGGCAACGGCGGAGGGAGAAGCGGCAACGACAACAACGGCGGCAAAACUCUUCCCACUGCUCUGGCAUCCCCCGACACCAUCGUCUUGCAGCGCUUCAUAGGAUAAAUUUUAACAAGGGAGGAGGGGGAGACGGAAAGAAGCACCAACCUUCAUCUCUCCUUCGUCCGCUGGAGACCUUUUUAUUCCCCUGGAUCGUUCGUGAUUUCAGGAAAGAAGGGAAAAUGAACAUGGUGAAGAGAAUCAUGGGCCGUCCACGGCAGGAGGAGUGUAGUCCACAGGAUAAUGCCCUUGGUUUAAUGCACUUGCGUCGUCUGUUCAUGGAACUCUGUCAUUCACCUCGGCAUAUGACGCAGAAGGAACAGGAAGAAAAGCUAUACAUGAUGCUACCAGUUUUCAACAGAGUAUUUGGAAAUGCUCCCUCCAGCACUAUGACUGAGAAAUUUUCAGAUCUGUUGCAAUUUGCUGCCCAGGUGUCGCGCUUGAUGGUGACAGAAAUCAGAAGAAGAGCCUCAAACAAAUCUACAGAGGCAGCUAGUCGUGCCAUUGUCCAGUUUUUGGAAAUUAAUCAAAGUGAAGAAUCGAGUAGAGGAUGGAUGCUUCUCACUACAAUCAACUUAUUGGCGUCAUCAGGACAGAAAACUGUGGACUACAUGACAACAAUGUCCCUCCCUUCCACACUGGUUAAAUGCCUCUACCUGUUCUUUGAUCUUCCUCAUGUACCUGAUGUACCAGGAGGAGCACAGACAGAACUACCAUUGAGUGAACGACGGGCACUGUUGCAAAAAGUAUUUGUGCAGAUCUUGGUGAAACUCUGCAACUGCGUGUCACCAGCAGAAGAACUUGCCCAAAAAGAUGACCUACAGCUACUGUUCAGUGCUAUUACCUCCUGGUGUCCUCCCCACAAUAUCCUUUGGAGAAAGAGUGCAGGCGAGGUGCUAAUGACCAUAUCUCGCCAUGGUCUUAGUCUCAAUGUGAUCAAAUAUAUUCAUGAGAAAGAAUGUGUAGCCACAUGUAUCCAGAAUAUGCAGCAAUCAGAAGACCUUUUACCCUUGGAAGUUGUUGAAAUGUUUGCUGGGCUGUCCUGCUUUCUUAAAGACUCCAGUGAUAUAUCACAAGUUCUAUUGGAUGAUUUUCGGUCUUGCCAAGGUUACCAGUUUCUCUGUGAUCUUCUGCUCAAAUUGGAGCAAACAAAAGAGCCUGAUGCUAAAGAAGCAUUAAAAGACUUGGUACACUUGGUGACUUCGUUGACAACCUACGGAAUCAAUGAAUUAAGACCCACAGGCAUAAGUAGUGGAGCACCUUUCCUUCUGCCAGGAUUUGCAGUACCACAACCUUCUGGCAAAGGUCGCACAGUAAAAAACAUCCAAGCCUUUUCUGUUCUUCAGAUCGCCUUUUUAAAAGUGAAAACAAGCCAUCUUGCCAGAAUCAUUUUAGAUGCCAUUUCAAACAUCUAUAUGGCAGAUAAUGCCAAUUACUUCAUCUUAGAAUCUCAGCACACUCUCUCUCAGUUUGCUGAGAAGAUUUCCAAAGCCCCAGAGGUGCAGCCCAAGUACUUUGAAAUGUUGGAGUUUAUUAUCUUCAGCUUAAACUAUAUUCCGUGUAAAGAACUAAUAAGUGUCAGCAUCUUGCUAAAGUCCAGCACCUCUUACCAAUGUAGCAUCAUCGCAAUGAAGACGCUUUUGAAAUUUGCACGCCAUGAUCCUAUUUUUAGGGAUGUGUAUCGAGAGGUUGGAUUACUUGAGGUGAUGGUGAAUCUUCUGCACAAAUAUGCUGCUCAUUUAAAAGAGCCCAUUCAGAAUUCUAAUGAUCCAGAAUCUAAAGCAAACUUUUCAUUGGAAGACCGGAAUCAGCUUGCCCUGUUGGUGAUGGAGGCCCUGACAGUACUCUUGCAAGGAUCAAACACAAAUGCAGGUGUUUUCCGGGAGUUUGGAGGAGCACGAUGUGUUCAUAAUAUAGUGAAGUAUCCCCAGUGCCGGGAGUCUGCACUGAUGAUCAUACAACAGUUGAUUUUGUCCCCUAGUGGUGAUGAUGAUAUGGGUACCUUAUUAGGACUGAUGCACACAGCCCCACUUACAGAGUUACAGCUCAAGACUGAUAUUCUCAUGGCUCUCCUUACUGUGCUGAGAGAAAGUCAUCGCACACGGACGGUGUUCCGAAAAGUUGGGGGAUUUGUUUACGUCACAUCGCUGUUAGUUGCAAUGGAACAAUCUUUAAGUAACCAACCUAAAGGAGUGUGGGAAAAGGUGAACUCAAACCAAGUCUUUGAACUAGUGUAUACUGUUAUCUCUACACUGACAGCAGCAAUGCGUUACGAACCUGCUAAUUCCCAUUUCUUUAAAACUGAAAUCCAGUAUGAAAAACUAGCAGAUGCUGUGCGUUUGCUCGGUUGUUUCUCAAAUACACGACAAAUAUGUGCAACAACGUCAUACCCGUCAAAUAUCCAGCCAUUUCAAAAAAUACUUGAAGAUGAUGCAUUGUUGGAUUCAGCAGGUCCCACACUGAAACACUGUAGUAAACUUUUCUGUUGUCUGUACAAAAUGGCCACGGAUUCUUUUGACAGUUUUGCUGAACAGGUUCCGCCUUGCUUGACACAUGAAACUUCCCUUCCCUCACCUUGGGGUACUCCAGCUCUGUCCAGGAAAAGGCCAGGCUAUCAUACUGUUUCAACUCCUCCUGUAUUGCCCACCAAAUCCAUCUCAGAAUUGAAGCUACUCAAUGCACUGACUUCCUUGCAUUGUCCUGAUGCAGUCAUAAUACAUCCAGGAGCAGUACUUGCAAUUUUAGACCUCUUGGCCUCAGUCAGCUUCGACGAGCAAUUUGAGCAUGCAUUAGCUCUUCAGUUUGCAGUGGCUAAUAUUUUGCAAUCACUCAUCCAUUUGGAGAGAAAUCAGCAAAUGAUGUGUGAUGCAGGACUUCAUGCACGGCUUUUACAAAGAUGCAGUUCAGCUCUGUCUGAUGAAGACCAUCCUCUGCACCCACCACUCCAAAGGAUGUUUGAGCGAUUAGCUUCACAGUCAUUAGAACCAAUGGUCCUUAGUGAGUUUCUCCGUCUUGGUAACCCAUUGAAUUGUGGUGCCUGGGAUAAGAAACUAAUUAAUGUCUAUAGGGUCCACAAGCCAAGUUCAUUAAGUUGUGAAGCAGAUAUGAGAGGAUUUAAAUAUUCUCAUAUCAUAGGGAGUGAAAUAGUUGGAUUUGGUCCUGAAAAUGUAUUCACCUUGAAUGAAGACAACAGUCACUACAAGAUUAGUAAAAGCUUGCUCAAGGGGGGAGAAGGAAGCACAGUACCUCUGACCAGGGUGAAGUGUUUGGUCUCCAUGACAACACCGCAUGAUAUCAGACUUCAUGGUUCAUCGGUCACCCCAGCAUUUGUGGAGUUUGAUACAAACCUGGAAGGUUUUGGCUGUCUGUUUUUGCCUAGUUUGGCCCCUCACAAUGCACCCAUCAGUGCUUCGACCGCUACAGGAGGAAUUAACGAUGCAGCUGUCACAAGCGGACUUGGCACAGGUGAACGAUUCUUUCCACCUCCGUCUGGACUUACUUAUUCAACCUGGCUUUGCAUUGAGAGAUUUAGUAACCCUCUGAACAAUCAUCCUGUUAAGCUUCUUACCCUAGUGCGGAGAUCGAAUUCAUCUGAACAGCACUAUGUUUGUCUUGCUAUAAUCCUUUCUGGGAAAGACAAGUCCCUGUUUGUUUCUACCAAGGAGGAGUUGUUGCAAAACUAUGUUGAUGACUUCAGUGAGGAGUCGUCCUUUUAUGAGAUUCUUCCUUACUGUGCUCGAUUUCGCUGUGGUGAUCUAAUUAAUGAGGGACAGUGGCAUCACCUAGUGCUCGUGAUGAGUAAAGGCAUGUUGAAGAAUAGCACUGCUACAUUAUAUGUGGAUGGCCAGCAUGUUAACACAGUAAAGCUUCACUAUAUCCACAGUUCACCUGGUGGGUCUGGAUCUGCAAAUCUGCCAGUUGUUAGUACGGUGUAUGGCUACAUUGGAACACCUCCAGCUCAGCGCCACAUCUCAUCCUUAAUAUGGCGUCUUGGACCCACUCACUUUCUGGAGGAUGUUUUACCAGCUACCAGCAUCAGUAUCAUUUAUGAAUUGGGACCAAAUUAUGUUGGUAGCUUCCAAGCUGUGGGUAUUCCAUGCAGGGACUCAAAACCUGAAAUGGCGAUUUCAUCUCCUAUCAGCCUGAUUCCUGAAGAGAAAGUAUCAUUUGCACUUUAUGCACUAUCAGUCUCUACACUUACGGUGGCCAGAAUUAGGAAAAAUUACAACAAAGUGGACAGCAAAGCAAUAGCCAAACAGAUGGCCAUUUCCUCUCAUGAAAAUGCUACGCCAGUAAAACUGUUGCAUAAUGCUGCAGGCCACUUAAAUGGACCAGCAAGAACUAUUGGUGCAGCUCUGAUAGGAUACUUGGGUGUAAGAACAUAUGUUCCGAAGCCCGUUGCCACUACUUUGCAAUAUAUUGGUGGAGCAGCUGCUAUUUUGGGAUUGGUUGCAAUGGCGUCAGAUGUUGAAGGUCUCUAUGCUGCUGUGAAAGCUCUUGUUUGUGUAGUGAAAAGUAAUGCAUUGGCCAGCAAAGAGAUGGAGCGGAUUAAGGGAUAUCAGCUCUUGGCCAUGUUGCUGAAGAAGAAGCGGAGUCUUUUGAAUAGCCAUAUACUUCAUCUCACAUUUUCAUUGGUGGGAACAGUCGACAGUGGGCAUGAGACCAGUAUUAUUCCUAAUUCUAAUGGAUUUCAGGACUUGCUUUGCGACUUUGAUGUAUGGCUCAAUGCACCGUAUGAACUUCAUCUCUCAUUGUUCGAGCACUUUAUUGAACUUCUGACAGAAUCAAGUGAGGCUUCACGAAACGCCAGGUUAAUGAGGGAAUUCCAGUUGAUACCAAAGCUGCUGCUUACUCUGAAAGAUAACUUCCUAUCACAGUCGACCAUUGCAGCUAUCAGUAAUGUACUCAGCCUCCUGCUGCAAGGAUUUCCAAACAGCAAUGAUCUGCUCAGGUUUGGACAGUUUCUUUCCUCUACAUUGCCUACUUUUGCAGUCUGUGAAAAGUUUAUUGUCAUGGAGGCUAUCAGUGAGGAAAAAGAAGAAGGCGUUGAUGAUGAUUUUGGUGGCCUUGUCUCAGCAAAUACCAUUCUACUGAGAAAUAGACUCUUAGACGUCUUGCUAAAGCUACUGUAUACUUCAAAGGAAAAAAACAAUGUUAAUUUACAAGCAUGUGAAGAAUUGGUGAAGGUAUUGGGUUUUGACUGGCUUCUGAUGUUCAUGGAAGAGCACUUGCAUCCAACUACUGUCACUGCAACAAUGAGAAUUCUUGUUAUACUGCUGAGCAACCAAUCAAUCCUUGCCAAGUUUAAAGAAGGGCUUUCUGGAGGAGGCUGGCUCGACCAGACGGACUCUGUUCUCACAAAUAAAAUUGGCACUGUAUUAGGUUUCAAUGUUGGCAGAAUUGCUGGGGGUAGAUCAACAGUGCGUGAAAUAAACCGUGAUGCUUGUCAUAUCCCUGGUUUCUCUAUUCUACAGUCAUUCCUACCCAAACAUACAAAUGUGCCUGAGCUGUAUUUUCUGUUGAUGGCCCUUUUCCUCCAGCAGCCAGUUACUGAACUUCCAGAAAACUUGCAAUUUGAUCUGGAUUCCAUUUGGUCAUUUAUCUUUGGUGUUCUUGCUUCAAGUGGAACGGUGAUUGCAUCUAUUCACACUGUAUGUGCAGAGGCUGCUUUUUUAUUGUUGGGAAUGCUGAGGAGUAUGCUCAAUCUUCCCUGGCAAUCUGAAGAGGAAGGCUCUUGGCUUAGGGAAUAUCCAGUCACUUUGAUGCAGUUUUUCCGGUAUCUGUAUCAUAAUGUUCCUGAUUUGACACCUCUUUGGACAAGUCCAGAAUUCCUCUGUGCAUUUGCAGCAACUGUUUUUCCCUUCAACAUCAGGCCAUAUUCAGAAAUGGUGAGUGAUCUUGAUGAUGAAGUGGGCUCGCCUGCUGAAGAAUUCAAGGCAUUUGCCGGUGAUACUGGUAUGAACAGGAGCCAGUCGGAAUAUUGUAAUGUGGGGGCUAAAACUUUCCUCACCAAUCAUCCUGCCAGAAAGCUUGUAUUUGACUUCAUGCGUGUUCUUGUGAUAGAAAAUCUGUGCCUUGCACCUGCUAGUAAACAGACUACUCUUAUAGAUAUGCUUUUAGAGGCAUCACCUGAAAGAUCAACACGAGCUCAGCAAAAAGAAUUUCAAACUUGCAUCUUGGACAGUGUAAUGGAUCACUUAUUAGCAGCGGAUGUAUUGUUGGGUGAAGAUUCAACAUUACCUAUUGCUACUGGGGGAAGUUACAGUGUAUUAGUGAACAAUGUAUUUUACUUAACACAGCGACUUGUGGACAAACUUUGGCAAGGCAUCUUCAGCAAGGAAUCCAAACUUGUUGUUGACUUCAUUAUUCAGUUGAUAGGACAAUCGAAACGAAGGUCCCAAGGACUGUCUCUGGAUCCUAUUUAUCAUUGCCUUAAUCGAACCAUACUAUGCCAGCUUUCAAGACCGCAUAAGACUGUUCCACAACAAGUUGCUCUUUUGGAUUCCUUAAGAAUCUUGACAGUAAACCGUACUCUUAUUUUAGGACCUGGCAAUCAUGAUCAAGAAUUUAUUGGCUGCCUGGCUCAUUGCUUACUUAGCCUCUACACUGGCAGUAGUCUUGAGGGGUUUGGUCUGGAAGCAGAAGCCAGAAUGACAACAUGGCACGUCAUGAUACCUUCUGAUCUCGAACCAGAUGGAACUCAUAGUCAAGAUAUUAGUGAAGGCCGACAGCUUCUUCUCAAGGCUGUGAAUCGGGUUUGGACUGAACUAAUAGUUAGUAAAAAACAAGCUCUUGAGGAGAUUUUCAAAGUAACACUACCUACAAAUGAGCGUGGACUGGUGGACUUAUCUACAGCUCGGCCACUCAUUGAAGAUGCUGCUUUAAAGUGCUGGCAAAAUCAUAUGGCUCAUGAGAAAAAAUAUAUCAGUCGGGGAGAUGCAACCAUAGGUCCUGUGACGCAGUCAAAACUGUCAAGAGUCAGCAGUGGAUUUGGCCUGUCGAAGUUGACUGGAUCAAGGCGUAACAAAAAGGAAAGUGGAAUCAGUAAAAAUAACUUCACAUCACAGGAAAUAUCUCAAUGGAUGUUUACUCAUAUUGCUGUUGUGAGAGAUUUGGUGGAUAUGCAGUAUAAAGAAUAUCAAGAGCGUCAGCAAAAUGUAAUGAAGUAUGUAACGGAAGAAUGGGCUCAGAUAGAGUAUGAGCUAUUGCGAGAGAGGGGCCUAUGGGGGCCUCCAAUUGGAUCACAUCUUGAUAAAUGGAUGUUGGAAAUGCCUGAAGGUCCCUGCAGAAUGAGAAAGAAGAUGGUCCGGAAUGACAUGUUUUACAUACAUUAUCCUUAUUUGCCAGAAAAUGAGCAAGAAUCUGCCAGUAUCCAGUAUAUCACUGCUAUUAAAGUAUCCGAGAUGCCAUGGUUUGAUGAUGACAGAAUAGUUUCUGAAAAGAAACCUGCUCGUUACCGUAGAGCUAUUAGCUAUGACAGUAAAGAAUACUACCUACGACUUUCUGCUGGAAAUCCAACCAUGUAUCCAGAUACAAUUGAAGAGAGUUCGGAGGGUGAAACCACCCAGCAUGAACCUGAGCAUGGAGAAGACACAAUUGCAAGAGUUAAAGGAAUUGUGAAGCCACCUUUGAAACGUUCACGUUCUGCCCCUGAUGGUGGAGAUGAUGACAGCACAGAACCUUUCCUUGACCAGGCUUCUGAAGCAAGUUCAGUGGAAGAAGAAGAGAAGACCGAUAACCAAACACUCUUACGAUUAUUAGAAGAGGGAGAAAAGAUUCAGCAUAUCUAUCGAUGUGCUCGAGUACAAGGGUUGGAUACCAGUGAAGGACUCCUCUUGUUUGGGAAAGAACAUUUCUAUGUGAUUGAUGGUUUCACAAUGACUGCCACCAGAGAAAUUCGUGACAUUGAAACGCUGUCUCCAAACAUGCAUGAGCCAAUUAUUCCCAGAGGUGCGCGGCAAGGCCAGAGUCAGCUGAAGAGGACCUGCAGUAAAUUUGCUUAUGAGGACAUCAAGGAAGUCCAUAAGAGACGGUAUCUGCUGCAGCCAAUUGCAGUUGAAGUUUUCUCUGGUGAUGGACGAAACUAUCUUCUGGCCUUCCAAAAAGGAGUUCGAAAUAAAGUAUAUCAAAGAUUUUUAGGAGUGGUUCCCUCUUUGACUGACAGUUCUGAGUCUGUUUCUGGCCAGCGGCCCAAUACGAGUGUGGAACAAGGGUCUGGUUUGCUUAGUACACUGGUUGGAGAGAAGUCUGUAACACAAAGAUGGGAGAGGGGAGAAAUCAGCAAUUUUCAAUAUCUUAUGCACCUAAACACGUUAGCUGGCAGAUCCUAUAAUGACUUAAUGCAGUAUCCAGUAUUUCCAUGGAUCUUGGCAGACUACGAUUCUGAGGAGCUUGAUCUAAAAAAUUCCAAAACAUUCAGGAACCUGGCUAAACCGAUGGGGGCUCAGACUGAAGAGAGAUUAGCUCAGUAUAAGAAACGGUAUAAAGAUUGGGAAGAUCCAAAUGGUGAAACACCAGCAUAUCAUUAUGGUACACACUAUUCUUCUGCCAUGAUUGUAGCUUCUUAUCUAGUAAGAAUGGAGCCAUUCACUCAAAUUUUUCUCCGACUCCAGGGUGGUCAUUUUGAUCUAGCUGAUCGAAUGUUUCAUAGUGUACGAGAGGCCUGGUACUCGGCAUCCAAACAUAAUAUGGCAGAUGUGAAAGAACUGAUUCCAGAAUUCUUUUACCUUCCAGAGUUUCUCUUGAAUUCCAACAACUUUGAUCUUGGUUACAAGCAGAAUGGUACAAAAUUAGGAAAUGUGUUAUUACCACCCUGGGCAAAAGGAGACCCAAGAGAAUUCAUCAGAGUUCACCGUCAGGCACUGGAAUGUGAUUAUGUCAGUUCACACCUGCAUGAGUGGAUUGAUUUGAUCUUUGGAUAUAAACAACAAGGUGUACCUGCAAUAGAAGCAGUCAAUGUCUUCCAUCACCUAUUUUAUGAAGGACAGGUUGACAUAUAUAAUAUUAAUGAUCCACUGAAAGAAACUGCAACUAUUGGAUUCAUCAAUAAUUUUGGACAGAUUCCCAAACAGUUAUUUAAAAAGCCUCAUCCACCAAAACGAACACGUAGCCGGAUUAAUGGAGACAGUUUAGUUGCACCAACCUCCCUAAGCUGUGCCAUGGAUAAGGUCUUUUUUCAUCAUUUGGAUAAUCUUAAACCAUCUUUAACACCUGUUAAAGAACUCAAGGAACCAGUGGGACAGAUAAUUUUCACAGACAAAGGCGUUCUAGCAGUAGAACAAAACAAAGUCCUGAUUCCUCCAUUUUGGAACAAAACAUUUGCAUGGGGAUAUGCAGAUCUUAGCUGCAGGGUUGCAAAUUAUGAAUCUGAUAAGGCGCUGAUAGUGUAUGAAGGUUUAAGUGAAUGGGGACAGAUUCUCUGUGCCAUUUGCCCAAAUCCCAAAUUAGUUGUCACUGGAGGAACAAGUACUGCAAUCUGUGUUUGGGAAAUGGGUACCUCUAAGGAAAAAGCUAAGACUCUGACUCUUAAGCAGGCACUCCAUGGGCACACUGAUGCAGUCACUUGUUUAACUGCUUCAUCAGCCUAUCACAUAAUAGUGAGUGGAUCACGAGAUCGAACAUGUAUUAUUUGGGAUUUGAAUAAACUAUCUUUUGUCACCCAGCUGCGAGGUCACAGGGCACCAGUGUCUGCUUUGUGUAUUAAUGAAUUAACGGGAGACAUUGUUUCUUGUGCUGGUACUUAUAUUCAAGUAUGGAACAUCAAUGGAAAUCCAGUGGUGAAUGUGAAUACAUUUACAGGACGCAGCCAACAAAUUUGGUGUUGCUGUGUAUCCGAGAUGAAUGAGUGGGACACACAGAAUGUAAUAGUCACAGGACAUUCAGAUGGUGUGGUCAGGUUUUGGAGAAUGGAGUUUCUGCAGGUUCCAGAAACUCCAGUUCCUGAGGAGACUAGCAAACUUGCAGAAAAUAUGCAGGAACCUUCAGAAGAUGCGCAAAUAGAUGGGGAUGCCCAGGAUGAAGAUAGCAGUGAUUCUGAAUUGGAGGACCAGAGCAUCCAGGAUCUAAAACCGAAGCAAAGUUUAUCUGGCUCUACAGCACAUAGAACAAAAGGCACACGAGCGGCCUGGUUUGUAGAAGGCGAUGAAUCAAAACGCUGGGCUGAUCAACUUAGCAUAGAUGAAAAAGAUGGGUUUGUCUUUGUAAACUAUUCAGAAGGCCAGCCUAAACUUCAGCCACCAUCUCAACAACAGCCUCAAGUACAAAGUAAUAUGCAACAACCUCAUCAGCAGUUAAUGCAGAGUGAAAUAAGACGUCACAACCAGCUAAGACAAGGGUACAGAUGGGAGCGACAGCUGGUGUUUCGAAGCAAGUUAACUAUGCAUACUGCAUUUGAUCGAAAAGACAACUGUCACCCUUCGGAAAUCACUGCGUUAGGCAUUUCAAAGGAUCAUAGUAAAAUUCUGGUAGGUGAUGCACGAGGUCGAAUAUUCAGCUGGUCAGUUAGCGACCAGCCUGGGAGGACAGCUGCUGAUCAUUGGAUUAAAGAUGAUGGAGGUGACUGUUGCGCAGGAUGUUCAGUGCGCUUUUCACUGACCGAAAGACGGCAUCACUGUAGAAACUGUGGGCAGCUCUUCUGUCAAAAGUGCAGUCGAUUUCAGUCAGAGGUCAGGCGCUUGAAAAUCUCCUCACCAGUCCGCGUUUGUCAGAGUUGUUACUAUAACUUGCAACAAGAGAAAGGAGCUGAGGAGAGUGCCAGGAACUAGCAGGUCACUGAGCUGCAUCAGUGGUCAGACAAGAAUAAACAUUAUUGCUCCCAGCUAUUUCAAAUGAUUUUAUGCAAAAUGAAAAGUCAUGUUGAGGGUGGGGUGGGAAGAGUUUACAUAUUUAUUUGUACUGUCUUGAAGCACUGUAAUAUACUGAAUAGAAAGGGAUCAUUCGCUUUGCAAUUAAUGUGCUCAUCUCUAUACUUAUAGUUGCUGAGAGUAGUUCUGGACCUAAAACCAUCCCUCAAACAUCUUGGUAAUGUCAUUCAUAUUCAUUGAACUAGUGGCUUGUAAGAUUUUAGAUGUAAAUCUGCCAUCUCUGCAAGAAUCCUAUUUGUUUAUAGUGUAAAUAGUUGUAAUGGCCUUUUUAACAAGAGAAACUUCUGAAUUGCCUGUAACAAGAUGUCCUACUAACCACUAAAUGUGUGAAUUAAGAAAUCAAUAAGUAGUGUGUCAAGCAUCAUUUAGUAACUAUUUUAAGAGAUUAAAAAUGUGCAAAAGCUAACCAGAACUGUUAUCAUUUUUAAUAGCAUUAAUAUCUUGCAUUUUUUUCAUUUUAAUUACUGUUUGAAUCAAAAUGUACAGAUAUGGAUUUGUUUACUACAUAGCUCACAGUAUCGAAAAGGGGCCUAUUGUAAUUACUCACGUUGCUGUACCCAGAGUAAAUGCUUCCUUGUGUUCAUGACUUCAGAAAAUAUUGAUAUUUACCUGUAGAUGUGCUAUAACAGUAACAUUUCUAUUCCAGGAUACAUUUAUUUAAUGCUGUCCUCUUUUGGGAACAAUGGGUAUUUGUAAUUUCGGCACUUAAACCACCACAAUCCAAAACUUUGAUUUUUUCAGGUGUGGGGGAUAAAGAGAAUUAACUAAGGACUCCCUUAUUUUAAAUUCAACUAUUAAAAACUUAAAAUAAUUUUAUUAUUGUAACUUUAGUAGGUGCAUAUCCACUUUAUCCAAGUUAUUCCCAAAAUGUUGAUUAUUUUAUAUCGCAAGAUUUUCUCUGAUUAGUUACUGAAUUAUAACAGUAAACUGCCAUUUUACAAUUUAAAACAAUUUUAUGCUUUGCUAGAAUGUAUCCGUUGUCAGAGUAAAGGGAUAAGGCAGCUUCAGUUUCAGCUUUUUGAGAUUCAUACAUUUAUUAAGAUAACAGCACAACUAAAGCAUUAAUGUGGUAAUCUUGUUUGUUUAGCUGCUCUUCAAUAGUCAUACAGUGAAUUUCACAAAAUGGCUUCCACACAUCUAGAUUGUUAAAAUUGCUGAAAUUAUUUAUUGUAUCAGUUAACUCAUUGUUUAUGGACUUUGGCAGUUGGCAUGUCGCUCUGGAUUUAGCCUGCCCUGAGCAGUUACUUGUGGAAAAGAAACUACAAUACAUUAAAGAGUACCGAUGAAUAGAUCUGAAAAGGACCUCAGCUGUCAACGAAUACUGCUGUUAGUCAGCAGCUUUAGUCUGAAAGCAUACUGGGGAAAUGGAACAACUACUGGAAGUUGUUAAUGUGUUAAGUUUGUAAGGGUCUCUUGGAAUCAGAAAUAAUUUGCUGUUAAAGACCCCUAUUGCAGUAAUACUAUGGGCAGAAAACCUUCUUGUGUAAAAAAAAAUGCUGCUACCCGUGCAAGGAUCACCUCUUAGUAUCACUGUUUAUUUAGAAUUAACUUUUCUGUUAAAAUUGUGAUAGGUAUAUCAAUACAUACUACCAUAAUCUGUAGAAAGCACUUGAGCAAUUCAUGUUGUAGUAAGUAUACUCCAUGUGUGUAACUAACAUAUUCAUCUUCUCCUUUCCUCCUGUUGUAAAACACAUUAUUCAUGUAUACGUAUCUGUAUAAUGUAUUGUGCAAUUUGUACCGUUAUGCUUAAAGGUAGAACCUGAUGCUGAAGUGCAGCAGUUGUCUACAACAAUACUAAAAGUUAUAGAAAAUUAUUUUGCACCUUGCUAUUGUGUAUAAAACUGGUAGGAAUCAUUUUAUCAUAUGCAUUUAUCAUUUUAAAGACAGCAUUUCUUUACAGUAAAUGAACUGUAUAAUAUUUAUGCAAUUAUACUACUUUGAAAGUAUUUUUAAUUUCAGCAAGUUUUGUUACUUGUUGCAUGAUUAACACAGCUGACUUUUUGUGUCAGUAAAAUGUAAAUUGUUUUCCACUUUUUUGUUGUGUUUAAUAUAUUAACUAAUUAUUUGUACCCCUUCCCAAAAUUACCAUAAUCUGUACAGUAAUGAAAAUGAAAGGCUAAACUGGAGUGGGAUUUUUCUACUGUAUAUGAGAAUUCAAAUUCGUGUUUUGGUGGUUCCUGUGCUAGACAUGCAUUAUAUUAGUGUGUAAACUGUGGUAUCUGAAUGUUCAUUGUAUAUUUGUCUUUAAUGAAAGAGCUACAGUCACACAAUACAUAUGUAACUAAUGCAAUAGCAACAAGUCCUGGUACUAAUUUUUUUCCAUUUAAAUAAAUACCUGCUAUUUA